CCGCCGUCUGUCAACAAAUGGAACCGCGGUCAUGGGUCCAGAUUCUCACAGGCGUACUCUUCGGACUCUUAUUCUAUGCAUUGAGAAAUAUAAAGUUAACUGAUGAAUACACAUUAUCUGAAAAACAUCUAGUCAUUGGUGUGCUUUCGUCAAGAGAUCAUUUCUCACAGCGGGAAACAGUGCGUCAGACUUGGGCUUCUCACCUACACCACAUUCCUAAUUCCAAGUUAGUUUUUGUCUUGGGAGAGACAGACUGUCACCUUCAUCCUGCCGACCGUAAAUCUGUGCAGUCGUGCCAGGAAUGGAUGAUAUCUGAGAGAGAAAUAGUAAAUCAAUACUCAGAAACAUUUGUGAAACUGGGAGGAACUUCAGGAGGCCAGAGUUGGAACAGAUUUGAAUGUAAUACUGGCCUAGGCUUCAGAAUUUUACACAGUGUAGUAGUUCGGGCUUUUAGCAUAAAAUCUGCUGUUGUAAAGAGAGUCCACAGGACGCUCAUCGUACUACAGGAUGCAGAAGAAGUUCUUGAAAGUGUUAUUGUGGAUGAGGAGAAGUGUGCAGAGGAAGAUGGCUUCUGUGUGGUUAAACUUGCUACUCCUCUGCUCCUGCCAAAGGGAUUUGAAGGGGAGGUGCUGAUUCAGAAGAAGUCAGAAGAUGAAGGAUUCUGUGAUGAUUAUAUUUUUGAUGGUCACAGUGAUAAGAAUGAGACAUGUGAGUGGACGAAGAGUUCAGCAGUUGAUUUCAAAUAUGUUAGAAUGAGAAGAGAUGCAGUAAGUGAAUGGAGUUCAUCUGCUUGUUCAACUGUCUCCCUAAAAUUUACAGUCACAGAGCUUGAUAAGUUGAGAAGACACAUAGACAGCCGUUCUUUUAGAACUAAAGAGUGGCAGGAAUAUAUAGAAGAAAAUAAAAUAAAAAUUAUAGAAGAACAGAAUAAGAACCAAGAUCUUUUGUUAUUGCCAUUUCAAGAUACUUAUUCAAAUCUGCCUAAAAAAAUUAUGAACUUUUUGAUGUGGCUCACCAAAUAUAACAAUGCUGCUUUUGUGAUGAAAGUAGAUGAUGACACUUUUGUUAAUGUCAAGGAUCUGAAGAAUUUGUUAGCCAGUGAGAAUGAAAGAGGUCUUGCUUGGUGGUCACAUUUUCACUUUCACCGGAGUGUGCCCAUCUAUGGAAAGUGUGCGGAUGUGAGGUAUCCAGGGCUGACAUAUCCAACUUUUCCAUCUGGUGCAGGGUACCUUAUGACAGGAUCCCUAGCAAGUGCCAUUGCUACCAUAGGCCCUUCCCUACCUCUUUAUGUGGGUGAGGAUGUGAGUGUAGGCAUCUGGGUAACAGUCAGUGCCCAGAAUGUGAAGACUGUUGAUGUUCCUUGCUGGCUUCCCCAUCCUACAUGCCCAAAAUCUAUCCUUGAGACCCAGCUUACAGAAUCUCAGAUGAAAAUGCACUGGGAUUUAUAUCUACAGGGGAGAUAGUGAGAACAGUGGUAUUUAUUACAAAUUUCAUGAUGCUUGCAAUACCCAUAUUGGUGGCUCUCCUUCCAGGAAAUGUUUUACAAAUGAAUUAAUACCAAAAUCCUGAUAAUUGAAGUUGCUUUUCAGAGAUUCUCAUAAACAUGGAAACUUGUUUCCUUGUUUAUGAGAUUAGGUAGAUGGGGUAGUUUGUAAACAUGGAAACUUGUUUACAUACUACCCCAUCAAAUGCAUCUCUCCAAUGCAGCUGUUGGGAAAUAACAGGAAGCUGUUCAUGUCUAAAAAAAAUAGGUAAAUGGGAACUUAGUGUGGCAGAGAUUUGGAGGGGAGCUUCUUUGUUUCAGCAGAAAUAACAUUUUUUAUCAUAGGACCCAAAAUGAGAUGCAAUAGGGUUAAUAUAAAUUUUGUAUGUGAGCAGAGUUGAUUAAUUAUGAUGAUAAGUAUCCAGUUGUAAUUUUGUCACUAUAUAUACAAAAAUAAUGAGCUUUUGCUAAAGGUGCAGCUCUCAUAGUGAAUAUUAUCCACCAAAAUGGCUCUUGCAUCAACCACUACUUUAGAGGAUUGUCUAAGUAUUACUUAGUGUCUUGAAUUAGUCAGCUAUUUUUUUAUCAAAUAUUUUAAAGUCUAUGUCUUAUCUUUGUAAAAUAUAUGGAGUAAGAGAUUAAUAAUAUUAAUAAUAAAAACAAACUCGUAUUUA